AUGCAGUUUAUCUCACUGUCAUUGCACACAUUAGCUCGUUUAACUUGGCUAUCCUAUGAUGAUAUCAUAAAUAUUCUUGAUCCAUUUAUUGGUGAACCACCAGACCCACCUCGUAAAUCAAACACUGUCAAUAUUCCGAACGGCCUUACAAACAUUUCGACUUAUCUUAAGUUUGUGGACCGUGAAAAAGAGGUCAAACAGUUGAUGAUCAACAUGAGAGAAUUGCAUUACCUCAUUAAAAAUCGCAGAGAAUAUUCAGAACCCAGAAAGGAAACAAGGUUCCCUAUAGCUGUAGGGAUGCCUGGAAUAGGAAAAACUACAUUUGCUCAACGAGCAUAUGAAAAAUCAGGCAUUUAUUCUGGUAUUAUCGGUCCCGAAGUUAUGAAUGCAGUGGAAGAAUGUCAAGAAGCAGGUCGUACUUUUCGAAUUGCAUGUGAUGCUAUUUCAGGAGAAAUGUAUUCAGCAAAUGGUAAUGAGUCGCUUUUUGGAAAAGUUCUGCUAUAUGAAGCCUUGAAAUAUCGUUUGAAUUUCUCUCUUAAUGUGUUUAUCGAAAUGUUGGGAAGUAAUGUUAUGCUUGAGGAUGUUCUUGAAGUAAUUCUACAUUACAUCCCAUGUUUGGAUGGGAAGAUUAAAUAUCCUCUCUUUAUUAUCAACAUCGAUGAAAUAAAUGCACUGUUUGAAUCAGAACAUGGUAACUGGCUUCGGGAGGCUCUUUGGUCUCUUGCAAGGGCCAUCACGGAUCUAGUAGAUAGAUAUUUUCUCUUUGUCGUCUUAACAGGAACUCAUGCGGAUGAUCAGUGUAAAAUAUUCAAUUCAUCUAAUUUGAGAACUGAUGAUAUAUAUUUACCACUGCUAAAGUUCAAGCACACUGAAGAGGUUUUGCUUGAGUUAGCCAACCGGGGGGUGGUUGAUGAAGCUAAAAGGAUUAACAAACUCUCUGAGCAUACGAAAUAUGCAAUUAAGCUUCUUGGGGUUGUUGGCAGUUUUCUCGAAGCUAUGAUAUUCCAAAUGAGUAUUAUUGGAUCUAAUGUUUCUAAUAACGAAGGCACAUAUAUUAUCGACAAAUUUUAUCAAAGUGGAUUACGUUACUACUUAGAAAAAUGUCAAUAUGAAUCAAAAUACUGCGACGAACUUCUCGUAAGAACAAAGAAACACAUCAAUGAGAAGUAUCAAGGCUACUUUGAUCACUUUCUAUCAGAAGAUAAUCUGGAUUUGAUUCCCCACUUGGUAGCAUAUAGUUUGUUCGAAUGGUAUGUUAGACCAUCAGACACAAUUGGUAUUAAAAAAAAGCGCAUAAUUGAGGACUUGGAGAAGGAGGGACUUAUUUUUUUCGAGAAAGACGAAGAUUAUUUUUUCAAGAGGAUCAAACUUCCAUUGCUCACUCUUCACGGAAUAUACUUAAAUAAAAACAAUCAUAUGCUUCCAUCGAUUAGAAUUCUCGAUUCCUUGGAUAAUGCCAUUUCACCGAAUCAAAAUGAGAAAUUCACUAUUUCAGUAAUUACAUUUCGCUUAUGGGCGAUCUACCAGAAAUCCAUUUCAGAUGAUAUCAACAAUAUCACUAACUCAUGUAGUUGCAAACUUUCCGAGCUUGUUCCACUGAGGAAUGGUCAAAAGGAUAUCUCCAUCAAGUUUUCACCUGUAUUUACUGUCCGUUCAACAAAUAAACCGAUCGAUGAAAAAAACUGGGAUGAUUUUGUUAAUCGUAUUAAGACACAACCUACACCAGAAUGCAUUGCCUACCACAAUAUGCAGAAUGCAGAAUUUGCGGACUCGUUCUUGAUCACAGAACCAAUUAUUCUCAUCCAAGAUAAGCAAUUAAUAGUUAGCCGUAAGAAAGGGAUCGAGAGUUAUUCAACAACUAUGUUGGAGAAAGGCCUUGUGGAGAAAGAACACAAUAAAUGUAAAAAUGUUGGAGAGCAUAUCUUUCUUUUUGUGACUAAUUCCAAAAAGCGUAAUGAUGAGACCUAUGAGGAAAAUGAGGUUUUAAUAACGGAAGAGGAAAGCAAUUAUGUGUUUGGGGAUCUCCAUUGA